AUGUGUCGCGUGGUGAUCGGUGUGCAGUUGGUGAUUGUAGGGUUCCAGCUCCCAGCCAAGUACCAGCUUCAUCGCUGGAAGGAGAUGCUGCUAUGUCUGAUCCCCAACAUGACUCUCAUGUGGCUUUGCACCUCUGGCUGCAUUCUGUUGGCAAUUCCCAAUCUCAACUUUCUCACUGCGCUGGUGAUAGGCUCCUGCGUCACCUGUACCGACCCUAUCCUCUCGCAGGCCAUUGCCAAAGGCCCCUUCGCCGACCGAUACGUCGCCCGCGAUCUCCGCGAAAUAAUAUCCUCCGAGGCUGGUGCCAAUGAUGGGUUUGGAUUCCCCUUCCUGAUGUUGGCGACCUACCUGCUGCGGUAUACACAGGGGGACCCGGAUCAGCACCACUCGGCCCAUGCUCACGUUGCGCGCUCAGGAGAUGUAGGGCAUAUGCACGGUGGGCUUGGAAAGGCGAUGGAGAUGUGGUUUGUUGAGACGUGGGCCUACUACAUCAUCCUUGGUGUGGUGUAUGGGGUGACCCUGGGCUAUGCUAGCAUGCAUCUGCUGCGGUACACCCUCCGAAAGAAGUGGAUAGACGGCGAAAGCUACGUGCUGUUCCCGGCUGCGUUGGGAUUGUUCCUCCUUGGAACCUGUGGCUGCAUCGGAACGAAUGACCUCCUCGCCUGUUUCUUUGCUGGCGGUGCCCUGAACUGGGACGGGGGCUACCUGGCAGAGACCGAAGCCCGUCAUGACGAAGUCAAUUCCUGCAUCGACGUUCUCCUCAACUUUGGGGGGUUCAUGUAUAUCGGGGCUGUCAUUCCGUGGGACGACUUCCACCAGCCAAACACCACAGGAAUCACCUAUCCCCGGCUAAUCCUCCUUGGCAUCCUCGUUGUCCUCUUUCGGCGCAUACCCAGCACGUUUGCGCUGUACAAGUUCAUGCCCAAGGUCUGCAAGAACUGGAAGGAGGCCCUGUUCAUGGGCUACUUUGGACCGAUCGGAAUCGGUGCUGUCUUCUAUGCUGAGCAUACCUCUCACCUUUUCCCUCCUGUAGGCGAGGGCAGUUCCAUGGAGGCCCGCUUAAUGGGCGCUCUCAAGCCAACAAUAUACUGGCUCGUGCUGUUCUCCAUCUUUGUCCACGGCCUCUCUAUUCCCCUCCUGAGCGUUGUAUACAAGAUCCUCAAUGUCCCGCCAGAGGUCGACCCCCUUGGACCAGCGGAACUCCGCUCCCUGUCCUUCAACCAGACCCUCCCUCCGAACAGCAUGGUGCAUGCUAAACGCCGCUCAGUCCUCGUUUACAACCGCUUCUCGCGGACAAAAUUCCCCUCUAAUCUGGGGUGGAAUCUGCCGUACUUGCGAAUGAACAACAGCUCGCGCACAACGGAUCAUCUUCCGCUGGCGGAAGAGUUCCAGCUCCAGAGCGUCCAUGACUCUGAUACUGACCGGAGAUAA